CCGUGGCGUGUGGCGUGCCCACUGCGCCGCUGAAUGGAGGCGUCCAGGCUGUUGAUUACUCCGUGGCAGCACGGUUAACCUACUUCUGCAACAACGGCUUCAGGCUCUCAUCCAAGGAUCUCACCACCACCGUCUGCCAGCCUGACGGCACCUGGAGCAACCACAACAAGAUACCCCGCUGCCCAGUGGUGGUCUGCCCCGGUCUGGGCUCCUUCUCUCUGGACCACGGGAAGUGGACGAUCGUAAACGGGUCCAGCUAUGAGUUCAGAACCAAGGUGGUCUUCAGCUGUAACCCGGGUUACUACCGGCUCGGUCCCGCUCACAUCCAGUGCCUGGCCAAUGGGGCGUGGAGCUGGCGGAACGAACGACCUCGAUGCAGAAUCAUUUCCUGUGGAGAGCUGCCCACUCCUCCUAAUGGGAGAAAGAUUGGAACUCAGACUACCUUUGGAGCCUCCGCCAUCUUCAGCUGCAACCCUGGAUACAUCCUGGUGGGCUCCACCGUGAGGGAGUGCAUGCUGUCAGGACUGUGGAGCGGCACAGAGACUCAAUGCCUGGCUGGUCACUGCGGUAUCCCGGAGCAGAUUGUGAACGGUCAGGCGAUAGGGGAGAACUUCGGAUACAGAGACACCGUGGUCUACCAGUGUAACCCUGGCUUCAGACUCAUAGGAUCCUCGGUCCGCAUCUGCCAGCAGGAUCACCUCUG